AUGUCCAAAGCGCUCCAAGUCACCUCGGUGGGAUGGCUGCUCAUCUCGCUGGGCCACACCGUACACGUCCGCCAAGGACUGGCAGGAAAAUGCAAAGUUCCAAACCCUCCCGCGCCUCGCCUAUGCCUGCGCAAAAGCAGGCUGGUACCAGGGAAGCGGCUUCUUCAUCAUGAACGGCACGUCCACGACUCGCUCCCCCAUGCACUGAGCUCCUUUGCUGACAUCUUGCCCCCCCCUCCCUUCCCAGCCCUCAUCAACUAUGCCUGGUCCAAGAACCCGGCGCUCCUGCGGGAUCCCGUCCAAAAGGCCGUUGCCGGGGCCAUGAUUGCCAUCAUGUGGGCGAGCGGCUGGUGGUACGCCAAGAAUGGGGUGACGAGCAAUGCUGUAGCUGUUGGGGCCAUUGGUGCUCUGCAGGGCUAUUCUGCCUUUACUAUCUGA